CAUGACACGCACUUCGAUUCGAUUCCACGCCAAGCGAAGAGGAGCUUCGACGCGUCGCGGCGGUGGCGGCGGCGAUGGAUCGGCUUCGCGGACCCGCCUUCCUGCUCGGCGUCCUGCUCGCAGCUCUAAUUUCAGGUACAGAUUUUGCUUCCUUGAGGGGGAGGUAGAUGAAUCGAAGCAUUUGCCACCAUCUUCUCGCCCAGUGCAAAACGCUAAGAGAGCUCCAGAAAAUCCAUGCCCAUGUCGUCGCCCAUGGUCUCCACCCCCACCACCAGUCCAUUUCCUGCAAAAUCUUCAGCUGCUAUGCCAAUUUUGGCCGCUCGGCCGAUGCAUGCAAGUUGUUCAAUGAGAUUCCACGCCCUGACCUUAUCUCCUUCACUAGCCUCAUGUCGCUCCACCUCCAGUUAGAUCGCCACCAUGAGGCUGUAUCCUUGUUUUCGCAUGUUGUUACUGCUGGUCACCGGCCUGAUGGUUUUGCGGUCGUCGGUGCGCUCACGGCUUCUGGCGGUGUUUGUGAUCAACGGAUCGGUAGGGCGGUGCAUGGCCUGAUUUUCCGGCUUGGGUUGAACUCUGAGGUGGUGGUUGGCAAUGCUUUGAUUGAUAUGUAUUGUCGAUGUGGGAUGUUUGAGUAUGCACUAUUGGUGUUUGAUAAAAUGUUUCUGAAAGAUGAGGUCACCUGGGGUAGCAUGCUGCAUGGUUAUAUCAAGUGUGCUGGUGUUGAUUCAGCGUUAUCCUUCUUUGAUCAGAUGCAUGUGAAGAGUGCAGUUUCUUGGACAACAUUAGUCACUGGUCAUGUACAAGCCAGGCAACCUGUACGAGCUCUAGAGCUUUUUGGCAGGAUGGUAUUGGAGGGCCAUCACCCUACUCAUGUCACAAUUGUAGGUGUACUGUCAGCUUGUGCUGACAUUGGUGCCCUGGAUCUAGGACGUGUUAUUCAUGGAUAUGGAAGCAAAUGUAAUGCCAGCACAAACAUAAUUGUUAGCAAUGCUCUUAUGGAUAUGUAUGCAAAGAGUGGAAGUAUCGAGAUGGCAUUUUCCGUGUUCCAAGAAGUUCAAUUGAAGGAUGCAUUCACAUGGACAACUGUGAUCUCAUGUUUCACUGUCCAGGGAGAUGGGAGGAAAGCUCUUGAGCUCUUUUGGGAUAUGCUUAGGUCUGGGGUGGUUCCAAACAGUGUAACCUUUGUUUCAGUUUUGUCAGGAUGCAGCCAUGCUGGAUUAAUUGAAGAAGGUAGAGAGUUGUUUGGUAUAAUGUGUGACAUAUACAAUAUUGAUCCCCAGCUUGAGCACUAUGGUUGCAUGAUUGAUCUGUUGGGAAGGGGAGGACUACUAAAGGAAGCAGAAGCUUUGAUAGCUGAUAUGAACAUGAAACCUGAUAUUGUUAUAUGGAGGUCACUUCUUAGUGCAUGUCUAGUUCAUGGCAAUGAUAGAAUGGCUGAGAUUGCUGGAAAGGAAAUUAUAAAGAGAGAACCAGGGGAUGAUGGGGUUUAUGUGCUUCUUUGGAACAUGUACGCCUCAUCAAAUAAAUGGAGAGAAGCUCGAGAGAUGAGGCAGCAAAUGUUGACUAGGAAGAUAUUUAAAAAACCAGGGUGUAGUUGGAUUGAAGUUGAUGGUGUUGUCCAUGAAUUCUUGGUAGAGGACAAGACACAUGACGCUCGAAGGGAAAUUUAUGAAACAUUGGAAUACAUGACUAGGCAGUUCAAGAUGGAUGUAGAUCAUCUACUACAUGACUAGGCAGUUCCAUACCUAGAUUUUUUUUCAGUUGCCCAAAAAACAUCUUGAUUUUGCUCAAAGUUUUUCAGAUGCUUUCUGCAAUAUGCGCAUCUAGAAUUCAAUUGUAUGUUUUUUAGGAAAAAAAAAGAUAAUUCAUUUU